AUGGAUCAAGGCCGAAUUAAUGUCAGAAAAAUACUCAUUAUUAUUUCAAAGAAAAAUGUCAGAUUACAAGCUAUCGAAGAAGGAAAUCAAUUUUAUGGCAAUAUUACAGCUAUAGCAAGAGAUAAAGGUGUUUCUAUAUCGGUUAUUACAAUCAAAGACACAGCAUGUUUACUGCCGAUAAUUGGUCAAAUGGCUGAUGGUACUGGUGGACAAGUCACAAUUGUUGACUUAUUAAAUAUUCGAGAUGAAUUUGCGUCUAUAUUAGAACAAAAAGUUAUUGCAUCAAAUGUUCAAGCAACAUUAAUUGUACAUCGUGGACUUUAUAUUCGAAACCCGAACGAUGCUUAUGAAAAAUUAGACAAAGCUGUACGUGAUAUUGGCAAUGUAACAAAAGAUACCGAAAUAACGUUUGAAUUUGGUGUGCGAAACAAACAAGAAUUAAAAGAGAAACAAAAUAUUGAUUUGGAUCAACUGACUCAACUACCAUUUCAAUUACAGGUAUUAUAUACAUCAGCCGAUGGGUCCAAAGCAUUGCGAGUCCUAACACAAUUAAAACAAACCACAGAAAAACGUGAUGUGGCUGAACAAAAUGCGAUACGUUCAGUUAUUGCCGAAAAUCAUAUACGGUCAACAGCAAAUGAUAUGAUGGCUUUGUCGGACGAUGAUGAUGAAGAUUAUCGAGGAAGAAAGAAAUAUGCAUCGAAUGUCGUGCAAAAACAACAUAUUAAAUAUAUAAAAAAUCUCAGUUCAAAAAUAAGCAACGAUAACGAUGAUGAGUUUAAUAUGAGACGUUGGAAUAAUGCUUCGGAAGGAUUACAUAAACAUGUUAUACAGUCAAAAUCACGACGACAGCCAAAUAGUGAAGAUCAGAAACAGUCAUAUUUUGGACAAAUUGGUGGCAAAAUUUCGAAAGUUUUUAGCACAGCAGCUCCUUCGGAGGAUGCCGCUCAACAAGUUGUUGCUAAAUCAUUGUUAUCUUCGCAUGCUUCACGGCGUUCAUACGGCUUUUCUUCCUCCAAUGUUCGAUUGUUUUCGGAGAGUGACUCCUCAGAAUUAUAUCGCUAUAAAAAUAUAAACUCGCACUUUCUUCGUUCGUCAAGUCCGCCAGCAGAAGCUGCACGUAAUGAACGUGACGAGAAGCGUAUAGUGGAAGAAGAGGGUGAUGAUGUUGUUGUUGAUGGGAAACAGAAAACAAAACGUUUCGAACCAAAAAAAAAAUGA